AUGGAUGAAGAAGGAAGAGAGGCAAAGGAUAAAUAUAACUGGCGCGCUGUAACUAGGAAUGGAACACUUACUAUAAGUAGAGACAAAAAAACGGUGACCGUGAACUGGUUGGAGAGUUCUGAUAAGAAUAUCACUUCGGGACUGAAUUACAAAGGAAGAGCAAUGGAGUUGUCGGAUCUCUCAGAAUACAACGGACACCUCCUCUCACCUGACGAUAAGACCGGAAUGUUGUACGAAAUUGAAGAUGGGAAGGCAAUUCCAUGGGUGUUCCUUAACUCUGGACCAGGAAACACAACUAAAGGAAUGAAAGCAGAGUGGUUAACUGUAAAGGAUGGUUUGCUGUAUGUAGGAGGUCACGGUACUGAAUACAGAAACGAGACCGGAGCCGUAGUGAGCGAAGAUUCAAUGUGGAUUAAGACCAUCACAAAAACCGGAGAGGUAAAAAGCGAGAACUGGAAGGAUAUUUAUACGAACAUGCGCAACAAAGCUGGGUACUCUGAGCCAGGUUACUUGACGCAUGAGGCAGCGCAAUGGUCAGAGACUCGACAAAAGUGGUAUUUCCUACCUAGAAAAGCCUCAACAACAGUUUACAAUAAGACGGAAGACGAGACGAAGGGUGCCCACAUUUUAAUCGAAGCUGAUCCCGAACUAACCGAGUUCAAGGUGAUUUACGUUAAAAAUCCCAAAGGUAGUCGCAAGGAUCAUCCAGAAAGAGGCUUCUCUGCCUUCGACUUCAUUCCAAAUACUGAUGAUAAACUGAUUGUUGCAAUUAAAUCAAAGGAAGUGACGGGUAGUCCUCCUGAGAGCUACAUUACCGUGUUCAACGUCGAUGGUCAGAUAGCCUGGACUAUUGGGGCCUCUGCGCUAAAUGUUAAAUACGUUCGAGACUGGCGCGAUACUUAUAAUAUCAUCCCCAGAACUUUUACAUGGAAAGAAAACGACGACGGUUCAAUAACAUACAACUUGCUCGUAAUCACUGACAUGGAUCAAUACGGUAGAACGGCACCUGAUAAUUGGCGCGCUGUCACUAGAAAAGGAACUCUUACUUUGAAAGAAAAAGAGGUAGAAAUCAAAUGGAUAGAGGGAUCUGACCAAAACAUCACUUCGGGACUGAACUACAAAGGAAGGGCGAUGGAGUUGUCGGAUCUCUCAGAAUUUAACGGACACCUCCUCUCACCUGAUGAUAAGACCGGAAUGUUAUACGAGAUAAAAGACGGGAAGGCAAUUCCAUGGGUAUUUCUCAAUUCUGGACCAGGAAACACAACCCAAGGAAUGAAAGCAGAAUGGUUAACUGUCAAGAAAGAUUUGCUCUAUGUAGGAGGUCACGGUACUGUAAGAAGCAAAAACUGGAAGAAAGUUUACUCGAGGAUGCGCAACAAAGCUGGCUACCGUAAACCCGGUUACUUGACGCAUGAGGCAGUGCAAUGGUCACCAAUUCGCCGAAAGUGGUACUUCCUACCUAGAAAAGCCUCAACAACAAUUUACAAUGAGACGGAAGACGAAAUGAAGGGUGCUCACAUACUAAUCGAAGCUAAUCCCAAACUAACCGAGUUCAAUGUGAUUUACGUUAAAAAUCCUAAAGGUGAUCGCAAGGAUCAUCCAGAGAGAGGCUUCUCUGCCUUCGACUUCAUUCCGUAUACUUACGAUGAACUGAUUGUUGCAAUUAAAUCAAAGGAGGUGACGGGUAGCCCUCCUGAGAGCUACAUUACCGUGUUCAACGUAAACGGCAGAGUAUUACUUCCUGAUCAGAAACUCGAUGGAAAUCUUAAGUUCGAAGGAAUAUACUUUGUGUGA